CCUCCACCUCCUCCUCCAACCCCUCUCCUCAUCAGCCAGAGCCGCGCUUCCGAGGCCAUGGCAGACGCCAAUGCCAUUGCUCCAGCGCCGCCGAGCCCAGCUGCCUUUCCCGGCAUGCCUUACGCCGCCGACGCCUCGUCGCCUGCGCCCGACGCAGCCAGCAUUCUGCGCGCGGGCAUGCCGCCUCUCGCCGCGGCCGAAGCCGAGUCGCUCCCUGCCUUCGACGACUCAGCAGCCUCAGCAUCUCCUUCCACCUCUGCCACGCCCCCAGCAGAGCCCACGGCGGCACCGCACAAUCUCGAGUCCGCCCAGGCCGCGCUGGCGGCGGGUCAGAUCCCGCGUGAUGCUUUGCGCCUCUCUUCCAUUCAGCUCGAAGGCUGUCCUUCCCUCCGCCGUUCCUUCCUCCAGCGCCUCAUCUCUCCCUACAUCACGCCUGCGCCCAGCAGCGCGCCCAUGAGCGUGACUGCCGCGCUGCAGCGCGCGUGGGCGGCGCAUCGAGCCGAGCUGCCGAGGGCGGGCGAGGCGACGGAGUUGUUGGCGCUGCUGGCAGUCGCACGCAGCGUUGCGGGCGACCUGCAGGCGCUGGAUCUCUUCGACUCUAUAGAUGCAUCUGUCCUUCCUUCCUCUUCUUCCUCCGGGCCGGAAGAAGUAGACCUCCUCUUUACGCUGCGUGAAAAGUCACGCGUGCUGCUGAAGAGCUCGACGGACGUGGGCAAUGGCGAAGGAUCGGCUAGUAUUCAGGGGAGAGUGCGGAAUUGCUUUGGCGGCGCCGAGUGCCUCGAGGGCAACGCAACUGUGGGCACUCGGACUCGGAGGAGCUUCAAUGUCUCUCUCUCCGCCCCUCUGCUCGCCAAUCCCGAUCAUCAAGCCUCCCUCUCCGCCUACGCGCUCGAUCGGGACUGCUCCAACUAUCUCUCCUGCAGCGAGGGGCUACGCGGCGCUCGUGUAGCUCUGCGAUCAAGCUUGGCGCCGGGCGUCUCGCAUGAGAUGGCAUACGAGUUGGUCUGGCGACAGUUGGGACGCUUGGCUCCUUCCGCCUCCCUCUCUGUGCGCCGCCUGGCUGUGCCCACUCUCAAGUCCAGCCUCAGCUACACCUACGCGCGCGACACGCGUCUCGAUGCUCUUCUCCUCAACCCCGCCGGCUCGUCCUUCAAGUUCUCCUCCGAGCUCGCAGGCCUCGGCGGCGACACAGCCUUCCUCAAGAGCGAAGUCGACUAUUUCCGUCCGAGAGCCUUUGGUGCUGGCUGGGCAUACACGAUUGCGGCCCGGGCGGGAGCGAUGAAGAGCCUGGAUGCAAGAGCCACGCCGCUCGUCGAUCGCUUCCAUCUUGGGGGGCCCAUCUCGCUGCGCAUGUUCCGGCACAACAGUCUCGGACCGAAGGAUGGCCUGGACUCAUUAGGCGGCGACGCCUACUGGGCAGCCGGCGCCAGUCUUCUUGCGCCAAUGCCGUAUCGCGCAGAAUGGCCGCUCAAGCUGCACGCCUUCGUGAAUGCCGGACAGGUCUGUGCCCUCGAUCAGUCGCAACCACUGCGGCCAGCAGCCUUUGCGCCUCUCGCGCAGCCUUCCUCCUCCGCAGGCAUCGGCAUCGUCUACACGCAAGGUCCGCUGCGCGUCGAGCUGAAUGCGGGCCUGCCGCUCACUGCGCGCAUGGGCGACGGCACGAGGAAGGGCUUCCAGCUCGGCAUCGGGCUCACUUUCCUCUAGUCUGGCCGUGCAGCUCUCCCUUGCCACUGCUGCCGCAAGAGAGAGCGAAUGAGAGGUUUUCACCGCUCACAUCGAUGCCCGACGCAGAGGAGAAUGAAAGGGGUAUUUGCGGCAAGGGCGAAUGGAGCCUGCGAGUCUCGUCCGCGUCUACAGGCAGCGCGGUGGCGGCGAUGGGGAGAAGCCAGACGGGAGGAGCAUGCUGCGGCGCCAGCAUGGGGCCGCGGCGGCGAGGCUGAGCAGCGAGCUCAGAUGGGCCCGCCAGACCCCGAUCAUGGCGCGCUCAGCGAGAGUGCUGCUGCAGCGCUUGUGGCCGUCG